AAAGAGACAAUCUGAAAGACGAAAUUGUCUCUAAUUUAGAUGAUGAUUAUAAUGAUGGAAACCAAGACCUUCAUAAAGUUAAUGGGAGAAGUGAUUAUAAUAAUUUUACUGAGGAUGGGAAAAAUACAUACGAGUCCGAUGAAUAUGACGACUCGGAUGAAAAUUCACUAUCAAAUGAAGAUGAAGAACAUGAUAUAGUUCGACGACGAGGUUUUGAAAUUGAUUGCGAAGCUUCAGAUAGAAAAUUAGAGCCUUGCAUUGAAGACAUCAAACCGGAAAUAAUUGAAAAAUGCAUGCCAGGUAUGACGAACUUUAACUACACCAAUCGUCUACCAGAAAAUGAAGCAGCAUAUAAGUUCAUUUUGGAGCAUAUCUCAGAAUGCAUUGAGGAUCACACGCAGUAUGUCUGCAUAAUGAAUCAACAAGAAGCAUUUCACCAUGCCAUGAAGUCUCUAGUAUUCAUAGUAAGAGAUUACGCUUUGAAACUUUUGGAAAUUCUAAGGCACAGAUCAGAAGUAAAGAAAAACUACAGUGCAAGCAGACUUUGUUUCAGUAUGCUCGACUACGACAAAUUAGACUGUAAAAGUCAGUUUUAUGUUUACGCAAUGUGCGUCAGGAAUGGAACAAAGAACGAGCAAGUGUCUGG